AUGAAAAUUCAUAACACUUGGUUUGCUUAAGCCACAUAUUUAGGAAUUCUUGGUGCAUUAGUUUUUGCUACAACAAGGUUUACAAGUAGCCAAAGUUUAACAUCUUUGAGAUUUCAUGAUAUCAAUUAAAAUAAUCUAACAAUAUAUUCACUUUUGAUUUAUGCAAGCUCUUAUUAUAUUGAUUCAACUUAUAUUUUUUCAUUUUAUAAGCAUAGACUCCAUUUAUAAUUUACAAGACUUUCUAAUAUAAUUAAGAGAUAUUAAUUCAAGUUCAUUAAUUUAUUCAAAUAGUUAAAUCAAAAUCAACCUAAGAAGUUUCAGAAAAACAAGAAGAGAAUUGUUAUAAAUCUAAAUAUUAUCAUUCUAAUUUAAAUAGCAAUCUCAUAUAUAAUAUAUGCUGGACAAUUCUUAGCUUAAAGAGCUUCAUUUAUUGAGAUAUCAUUUAUAAAUUGUAGACUAAAUAAAUAAUUUUUAGUAUAGAAAUAUUUAAACAGUCUCAAUUCAUUUAUAUUCUAUACUAAAAUUAUAUUAUUUGAAUAAAAUACCUUCAAUCAUCUAGUUAUUUAAUCAAAAACUCUUGCUUAAGUAGUAGUUAAAGGUUCUUUAUCCUAAUUAUGCAUGCAGCAUUUUUGA